AUGGUUCUUUUUUCAAGCCGUAAUGGGACAAUCUGGGUGUUCACUUCUGACAUCUCUUCCUUGCUUGUUCUCCUUCAGGAUGACUUCAAUUUCGAGACGGUGCUUAGGCUACUCGACAACCCUCGGGAGCAGCAGAAAGUACUCGGAAUCAAAGAUAUCCCUCAUCGGAUCAAAACCAUGGUGAAUAUUUUGUUCACUAGGGUGGUGUUGAACGCUAUCAUAGAGGGAAACAUCGACGAUCCGUGGAAAACCAUCCAGUUUUCCCAUAACAAGUACGGAAAACCGCUCUUAGAGGCUAACGGACAAAAAAUCCAAUUUAAUUCAAGCACUUCCGACAAAAUACUCAGCAUAGCCAUCGAGUUCUCCUCCAUCAAUAGUCCCAUCGGUAUAGACUUAUCUCACUCUCGACAGACUAGCAUUUCGGAUACCGAGUUUAUGGAGCAGUUUCUGCCCAUGUUCCAUCCCCGAGAGCACAGAAAACUCAUUGAAUGUAGUCCUGAAACGAGAUACUUCAUGUUCAACCACUUAUGGACUCUCAAGGAAGCGUUGACGAAAUUGCUCGGAUGCGGGCUCAACAUCGACUUGUCUGACGUGUGCUUCGAUGUCGAGGGAUCAAUGUCACCAGAUAAGUACAACUCCAAACAAGAACAGAGUAUAGAAGAAUUUAGCGUUGUGGAACGAAACUGGUUUAGAAACGUUGAGGUGGACAUAGAGGGCUUGGUGAGGCAAGACAAUGAGUUUGUAUCUGCUUUGAACAAGAUAGAGUUCCACACUUAUUCAACGGUUGUACGUCAAGCGAAUUUUGAUGAGCUACCGGUCAUAUUAUCUUUGGUGAGCCAAAAUUCAGAUAGCACCGUUUCCUCGAUUGAUGUUAACAUGGAGAAACUUCUAAAUCUCUAA